CAAGUUUGCUCAGUUUGCUUCUGCACGCCAUUUUGUAAUUUUGAGCAUGUUGACUUGUUCACGAAAAUGAUUAUCCUAACGCUAGUUCUUAAAUGUAGGAGUAUAAUUGAUUAAGUAUAGUUUAAUUAGACAAAAGAAUCAAUACAGCAAAAUGGAUAUGCCAGAAGUGAAGGCGUUCAACGCGGAGUUAUCCGGGUUGUACGACAACAAGCCUCCGAUCUCGAAGGCAAAGAUGAGUGCUAUCACACGGGGUGCUAUUAAGGCUAUAAAGUUCUACAAGCACGUCGUACAUAGUGUUGAAAAGUUCAUUCAAAAAUGCAAACCCGAGUAUAAAGUGCCUGGUUUAUACGUGAUAGAUUCGAUAGUACGGCAGUCGCGACACCAAUUCGGGCAGGAUAAGGAUGUGUUCGCGCCGCGGUUCGCUAAGAACAUGCAACAGACCUUCGCGAACCUGUUCAGAUGCCCUCCUGAAAAUAAGGGAAACAUCAUCCGAGUGCUAAACCUGUGGCAGAAGAACAAUGUGUUUGGUCCGGAAGUCAUCCAGCCGCUGAUGGAUAUGGCGGACCCCAACCAUCCGCUGCAUCAGGAGAUCCAGCAACAGCAGAACACUGCUAAUGGGAGCAGUCUAUCCCUGAAUACCAGCCACAACACCGACAAGAAGAUAUCCCCAGUGCCGGCUCCGCUGCACACUCCUCCGGAUAACUCUCCUAUGGGUGAUUCAUUCCAGGACCAACCGUCGGGCAACCAAGGCGUCAAGUUCAACCGCAAGCUCCUCUCAAACGACUUUGAGUACGAGAGUGAUGACGACGGCGGGCACGACACGCACGUCUCGCACUCGACGCACGCCACGCACGCCACGCACGCGGCGCAUGCGACACACGCCCAGCAGCAGCAGACCGCUGAGACGUUGCCGUUGGGGAGUAUACUGACAAAUCCUGAGAUAAUGCGGCAGCUGCAGAGCCUUCAGGCGCAAAUGCAACUCAUGACUGGAAUGUCUGGGAUGCAAUUACCUAAUUUAAUGCCAAUGAUGACAGAGCUACAGCAGAAUCAAAACCAACCAUUUUUGAACAAAGAACAGCAGAAACAGAAUGAGUCCAAAGAUGACAUGGUGGAAUCUGACAUCGAGUUCGUAGAAACAGGGCCGCAGGUUAUAGAAAUACCUGAUGCUAAUGACUCCAGGAGUCCGUCGCCCCGGCGCAGGCAUCGGUCUCGCUCUCGCUCCCGCGGCGGGCGGCGCCGGCGCAGUCGCUCUCGCUCCCGCUCGAGCCGCUCGCCGCGGCGGAGGCGAGACAAGGACCGCGACCGGGAACGGGACAGAGAUCGUGAAAGAGAUAGAACUAAGGAUACUAAGAGUCACAAAGAAAGGGAAGCAGACAAGGAGAAACAAAGGGAACGAGAGAAGAAAGGGUUACCACCAAUCAAGAAGGAUAAUUUAAGUGUAUGCAGCACAACACUAUGGGUGGGCCACUUAUCCAAGCUGGCCACUCAAGAGGAACUCUCGGACCUAUUUGGCGCUAUCGGCGGUGUGGUGUCUAUAGAUGUGGUCGCGCCCCGCGGCUGCGCCUUUGUGGUCAUGGAGCGACGCCGCGACGCCCACAAGGCACUCACUACGCUCAAUAAACACAAGCUGCACUCUAAAGAAAUUGCAGUGGCGUGGGCCCCCGGCAAGGGCGUGAAGGGUCGCGAGUGGAAGGACUACUGGGAGGCCGAGCUAGGCGUGUCCUACCUGCCGUGGGCCGCGCUGCACCAGCGCUGGGUGCUCGGGGCCCUGUCGCUAGACGCAUUGGAAGAUGGCGGCGCGGUAGACGAAGAAACGCUGCCGCCGUGGCUGCCUCCCAGGUUAUUUUUAUGCCCGAUAAUUAUCGUGAGGAUAAUUAUCACGCCCGGCAAGGGCGUGAAGGGUCGCGAGUGGAAGUACUGGGAGGCCGAGCUCGGCGUGUCCUACCUCCCGUGGGCCGCGCUGCACCAGCGCUGGGUGCUCGGAGCCCUAUCGCUAGACGCGUUGGAAGAUGGCGGCGCGGUAGACGAAGAAACGCUGCCGCCGUGGCUGCCUCCCAGGUUAUUUUUAUGCCCGAUAAUUAUCGUCAGGAUAAUUAUCAAGGGCGUGAAGGGUCGCGAGUGGAAGUACUGGGAGGCCGAGCUAGGCGUGUCCUACCUGCCGUGGGCCGCGCUGCACCAGCGCUGGGUGCUCGGAGCCCUAUCACUAGACGCCUUGGAAGAUGGCGGCGCGGUAGACGAAGAAACGCUGCCGCCGUGGCUGCCUCCCAGGUUAUUUUUAUGCCCGAUAAUUAUCGUCAGGAUAAUUAUCAAGGGCGUGAAGGGUCGCGAGUGGAAGUACUGGGAGGCCGAGCUAGGCGUGUCCUACCUGCCGUGGGCCGCGCUGCACCAGCGCUGGGUGCUCGGAGCCCUAUCACUAGACGCCUUGGAAGAUGGCGGCGCGGUAGACGAAGAAACGCUGCCGCCGUGGCUGCCUCCCAGGUGGAAGGACUACUGGGAGGCCGAGCUAGGCGUGUCGUACCUGCCGUGGGCCGCGCUACACCAGCGCUGGGUGCUCGGCGCCCUAUCGCUAGACGCAUUGGAAGAUGGCGGCGCGGUAGACGAAGAAACGCUGCCGCCGUGGCUGCCUCCCAGGUUAUUUUUAUGCCCGAUAAUUAUCGUCAGGAUAAUUAUCAAGGGCGUGAAGGGUCGCGAGUGGAAGGACUACUGGGAGGCCGAGCUCGGCGUGUCCUACCUGCCGUGGGCCGCGCUGCACCAGCGCUGGGUGCUCGGAGCCCUAUCACUAGACGCCUUGGAAGAUGGCGGCGCGGUAGACGAAGAAACACUGCCGCCGUGGCUGCCUCCCAGGUUAUUUUUAUGCCCGAUAAUUAUCGUCAGGAUAAUUAUCAAGGGCGUGAAGGGUCGCGAGUGGAAGGACUACUGGGAGGCCGAGCUAGGCGUGUCCUACCUGCCGUGGGCCGCGCUGCACCAGCGCUGGGUGCUCGGGGCCCUAUCACUAGACGCCUUGGAAGAUGGCGGCGCGGUAGACGAAGAAACGCUGCCGCCGUGGCUGCCUCCCAGGUUAUUUUUAUGCCCGAUAAUUAUCGUGAGGAUAAUUAUCACGCCCGGCAAGGGCGUGAAGGGUCGCGAGUGGAAGGACUACUGGGAGGCCGAGCUAGGCGUGUCCUACCUGCCGUGGGCCGCGCUGCACCAGCGCUGGGUGCUCGGGGCCCUAUCACUAGACGCAUUGGAAGAUGGCGGCGCGGUAGACGAAGAAACGCUGCCGCCGUGGCUGCCUCCCAGGAUUCUGCCCAAGACGCUAAUGGACGGAAUGGUCGGCAUGAUGCCCAUGGGCCUCCCCGGCGCGGCCGGCAUGCCUCCCAUGCCCAAUGCGAUGCCCAAUCCGUUGCAGAACGCUAUGCCCAACGCGUUGCAGAACGCUAUGCCCAACGCGUUGCAGAACGCCAUGCCUAACGCGAUGCAGAACGCCAUGCCUAACGCGAUGCAGAAUGCGAUGCCCAAUGCAAUGCCCGGGGCAAUGCCAGGCAUGUCCGCGUUGCAGUUACCACCACCUGGGAUGGGUCCGGGUCUACCCCCCGGCAUGCCGCCGGGCAUGCCUCCCGGCUUGCGGCCGCCCAACAUGCCCCAGCAAGUGCCUGGUAUGCAGCCUGAAGCGGGCAUGCCGCCGACCAACGCACUCUUGAGGUUCCCGGGAAUGCCGCCGCAGCCCAUACAAUCCAUGCCACAGCCGGGCAUGGCGCUGCCGGGGUUCCUGGGCGGGCUGCUGGCCGUGGGCGGGCUGGGCGGCGUGCCGCUGCACCACGCCCCGCCGCACCAUCAGGUGCAGCAAAGGGUGUCGGAGGUGACUAGAACCGACGACGCGAUGGACCUGGACACAGAGGAACAUAACGAUGAAGUGCCCAGUGAAAAACCACCACCGCUAUCGGACCAGCUCCAAGCUCUACUCUCAAAACCACCGCCCGGCUUCAACUCCGCCGAACCCCCCCCCACAUUCAACCUCUCCGAGCCUCCCCCCCCCGCACCCAACACGGACGACAAACAGGACGACAAGCGGGACCGGGACCGCCGGGACCGGGACCGGGAUCGGCGGGACCGGGAACGGAGGGACCGGGAUCGCGGGAAUAGGGACAGGGAAAGAGGCGGGCGGGAUCGUGAUAGGGAGCGAGGCGAUCGUGACCGCGACCGGGACCGGGACCGCGGCGGGCGGGACCGGCGCGACCGGGACCGGGACCGCGACAACCGGGACCGGUUUAACGCGCCGAAGGACAACAAUAAUAGGGAACGAAGCAGGUCCAAGUCCCCGCGCGAUCCAGGUGCGGGAGGUGAAAAGUCGUUGCAAGAACGGUUGUGGGAGAUGGCUAAUGGCAAACGUGACGAGUUCCCCCAACCGCAACAACAAGAUAACAUGGGUUUAGAAGAUAACAGAGUUGAUAGGCCGCCUCUGGAUCGAAUGCCACGACCAGGAAUGGACGGUGAUCCGAGAAUGCGAGGGCCCCGACCUGUAAGAGGGCCAUGGAUGGAGCAAGGUCCGGGCGGACCGGGAGGCCCCCCGGGUCAGGGACCGUUCGGUGCGCGGUACAACGGGCUGGGCCCGCCGCCCGGCUUCCCCGGCCCCGGGCCGCGCUUCGAGCGCCCGCCCUUCAACCGCAUGCCUUUCGACGGCCCCGCCCGGCCCCCGUUCGACGGCCCGAGGCCCCCAUUCGACGGCCCGAGGCCUCCAUUCGACGGUCCGCGCCCGCCGUUUGACGGCCCGAGGUACGACGGCCCUCGUCCUCCGUUUGACGGUAACAGGCCUCCUUUCGACGGCCCGCGGCCCCCGUUCGACGGUCCGCGCCCGUUCGACGGCCCGCGACCGUUCGACGGACCGUUCGACGGCGAAGGUCCCUUCGACGGCCCGCCAGAAUUCUUCAACAGACGCUUCGAGGACCGAGAGUUCAACGACCGGGGCUGGAACGGGGAUCGCGACUGGAACGAUCGCAGAAACGACUGGGACGACCGCCGGCGCGACAGGUUCCGGGACAAGGACCCCGAGGACAGGUUCGACAGGAACAGGAACGACAGGAGGAGAAACGUUGACGAUAGGAACGAUCGCGACCGCGACCGCAGUGACCGUGACCGCAGUGACCGGGACAAGAGUGACCGGGACAAGAGUGACCGGGACAAGAGUGACCGGGACCGGCCUAAGAGGGAAGAGCGCUCGCGCGCCGAUCGGCAGAAAGACAGGAAGUCUAGAUGGGGCGCCGCGGAGGAAUCGAAGGAAGGGACUUCUACAGAGGCCGCGGAGGCUCCUAAUGACACAGAAGCCCCUAAAGAGGUCAGCACGGAGCAACCUGAACAAAUGGACGUUCGUUCUAGUCAGGAACAAAAUGUGGAAACUAAAGAACCAGCAAGGAAUCAAAUACCGGAAGCUAGAGAACCAGCGAGUGUAUCUGCGGCAAUGGAAACCGAGAGUACAAUAGAUAGAGAUCAGGAGAUAGAACAACCAGUAGAAAUAGAGACAAAGCAAUAUGAAGAAGUGCCUGAGUCUCAGAGCUUUGAUGAUAUUCAUCAAGCGGAAGAACCUGCAAACUUAGAGACUCGAGAAAGUUACGAGGAAAUGGUAGAGGCUCCAAUAGACGACCCGAGAGAAGAAACUAGAACAUUUGAAACGGCACCAGCGAGCGAAGCUACAGAAACGCCAGAUUUAUAUGACGCAAAUGACGCAGUAGACACUAGCUUCUCUAUAGCACCGGAACAAAAAGAAACAGAGAAUAGAAUAGAAUCUACAGAGACAGAGAAUAGAAUAGAGUCUACAGAGACAGAGAAUAGAAUAGAGUCUACAGAAGAGACCAAAAGUGAGGACAUUUUCGAGCCAGCCAAAGGGGAGCCUUGACAGCGCCGAAGAUGGAAAUCGGGCUAUUUCCAGUGGAAUUGAUUCGGGGACGUGGCGGACUUUCCGACUAUGGUGUAUUCCGUCUUAUUUGGUAAGAAUUUCUAAACUUACUGUGACUGUAGAUAUUGAAAUUUGAUUUCGGAAUGAUAUUUCUAUGACGGAUAAUUUAGUUUAAAUUUUAAUUAUUCGAUUCGUUUUUGUUAUAAAAUAACGGUAAAUAUUU